AUGGAUGUUUUUAACUUUCAAACUCUAAAAUAAACAUCAAAUCAAUUCUACCCCUAAUAAGAUAGAUCGAAUUCAAAGAGUAGGCUAACUAACAACUACAACUCUAGAACUAGUAAAAAUAACAGUAUCGAUUAAAAUAUAAGCAUAAAUGGAAUGUCAACUUAGCAAUUUUAGUAGAGAAGACCCUCGCAAAAUGCACUUAACAAAUUUACUACAACGUAGAGACUGCCUUCUACAUCAAAUCUUGUAAAAAACUAGAAUCAUUUCGGUGAUAUUGUAAUUAGAAAUUUUCAACAAAAAAACGAACAGUCAUUUUACUCAAACCAUAAUUAAUAAGAUAAAUCUGUUUAUUCUCCAGAUACAUCAGCCACAUAUUCAAAAACUUUGCAGGUUAACUCGAAUAUAUAUUUGUAAAACGAUAUGGUUUAGCAAAUCUAAAGAUAUGAAGAAUAACUGAAAUUUUUAGACAAUUAUAGGAUAAUUUGUGAAAAAAGAAUUCUUGAUCUCUAGCCAUCUCAUCCGUUGCCAGUUCUACCAUCUCAUAUUGGUCAAAGUAAUAGUAGAGAUGAGGAAUUUACACUCGGAGGUAAUCAAACACCAUGUUAGUUUGAUGCUUUAUCAAUAAUUCAGUCUAAAAGAGACUCCUUGAACUAGCAGGAAAUUGAGAGACUUAGAGUUUAAGUUGAUGAUUUACUAUCUGAAAAACAAUAAAUGGUGGAUGCUCUAAAUAAGGAAACACUGAUGAAUGAACAACAAAAGGCAUAAAUACAAAUACUGAAAAAUUCUCUUGAUGAGAGAUUAACGAAUCAGAAUCUUGAUGAGUUUCUGGUAAAAUCAUAAAAUAACUUAAUGAGAGGUAUGGGGCCAUCAGACUCCUAUAUUUUAAUCUAAGAAAUGAAAAAUGAAAUAGAUACUAAGUCAAGUUCAAUGAUUGAACUUAUUUAAAAGAAUGAAUAACUAGAAUAGUAAUAUAAGCAGGUCACUGAAGUAUAUUACGAUUAUAAGUCACUUCUUGAAAAGAAAACCCUAUAACUUGCUUAACUUGAGAAAGAUCAUUCUAUACUAAGCUAAAAUUAUUAAAAAGUCAAGUAAGAUUUUGAUCAAGCUGAGAAAGAUAAGGAUUAACUUUUGGAUUGUAUAGAGGAAAAUUCUCUUUAAUUCAAAAGCUUUAAUGGAUUGAUUGAGUCUGAAAGAGAAAAAGUAGAAGAAAUAACUUAGCAAAAGUAAAUGUACAAGCAUCUUUAUCAAGAAGCUUAAGAUAAUUUAAACUUGGAGGCAGUUUAAACGGAGAAGUUCAAGAUGGAAAAAGAUGCACUUUCAAAAAAAGUUAGUGAAUUGGAAGGAAAACUAAAAGAAAUGAAAUUAGAUCUAAAAGGAAAUAUUGAAAUUAUUUCAAAGCAAACUGGAUUGAUAAAUGAAUCUAAUAGUAUAAUUGAGGAACUUAACAAGCAAAUCUAAAAUUAAUAAGAUUUGCUUCAAAAUAAGCAAAACGAAAUUAAAGAUAACUUUGACAAAAGUAUGGAAGAAUUAUAGCAGCAACUUUAGUAAUUCAAAGAAAGCAAUGAUCAAAUUUCAAAUGAAUUAGAAAGUCAUUAUCAAUAAGAAUUAGACUCUAUGUAAUAAAACCUUGAGACAGAGAAAAAGAGAUAUGAUGAAACGAGACAAAAGUAGACAUAGUUCAUUGAGAAACAAGCUUAAGAUCUAAUAGCUUUUGAAGAAUAAGUCAAAGAAUUGAAUAAUGAAAAUAUGUAAAUGUAAAAGUAAAACAAUGAACUCAAUGAAUAUAUUGAAAUUCUCAAUUAAGAAGUUUAGAGAUUAAAGUCUAGUGAGGAAUCCCUUAAUUCUAAAUUUGAGAUUGUAAAAUAAGAGAUUUUAGAGAAAGAAUAAUAAUUCAAUGCGCAAAAAAAUUGUUUUGAUGAAGGAAAAGCUAAUUUAGCUCAAUCUAUCAAUGAAAAUUAGAAACUUACUUAAGUUUAAGCGACACUCACUGAAGAAAUUAGGAUAUAUGUGGAGGAAAAUAAGAAAAUUUAAUAGGAUAAUGAGAGAUUGAUUUAAAAAAUAUAGGAUUAAGAUUAGGAUGUGGAAAAUUUAAGGUCUUUAGUUCGAAGAGAAUAAUUAGAAAAUAAAGAUCUUAAAGAAGAAAUUGAAUAGCAAAAAUCUAAAACUUAUGAAAUUGAGUUAUUAUUAAAAGAAGCUCAAAGAAAAUUUGAGUAGAUAUAAAGAGAAUAUGAAAUAGUAUAAAACUAAAAUUCUCUAUUAGUCAGUGAAAAAUAGAUAUAUGACAAAUUGAUACAAGACUUAAAAGAAUACGAGCUGAGGGAAGCUUAAAAUGAGGAGAGCUUGAAGCAGGCUUCUGAAAAGAUUGAAAUGCUAAACUCCACAAUAGAGGAGUUGAAAGUUUAGAUAAUUGAGAAAUCAUAAGAAUUAUCUCAAGCUAAAGAUGAUAAUAGACAAUAAUAUGAUUAGUUCAUUGACAUUAAGCAGCAACUUAUGGACACCAAAACUUUAAAUGAGUCUGUUACCCAAGAGAAAAAAACUGUAGAUUAAUAACUUUGUGAUAUAUCAAGAAAACUCUAUGAACUUAUCAAUCAAAUGUAGGAUUAAGAUAAUAAAUACGAAUAAGUAAUGGAUCAAUUAAAUAAAUCUCACCAGCAGAUCUCACAGUUAAACUCAAUUUAAGAGCAUAGUUAAAGAGAAAAAGAAUAAAUUUUAGCAUAAUACCAAGUCAUGAAGUAAUAGGUUCAAGAAUUCACAAAUAGUUCCUAGCAAUGGUCAUUUAAAUCAGAUAAUCUGAAUUCAAGUAUGCAGAAAAUAAUUAUAGUCCUAAAGUAGUUCUUUGACUCAAUGGUCUAAAAUAAGGAUUUAAUUGAAGAUCUAAUCACUGAGGAACUGUUUAAUGAUAUAAAAGGCUUAUAUGACUAAUUUAAAAGCAUUGAAUUCAUUGAGAAUAUUGAUUAAUCUAUCAGUAUCUCAUCGAAAUUGGUUGAGAUCUUAAACCUCGUGAAAAUAAUUUAGGAAAAAGUGAUAUAGGAGAAUUAGUAAAGUAAGCAAGACCUGAGAGUAAUGGAUGACUCAAUAUAACAGCUAGAGCAGAGAUUAAGUUCUAUAUAUGCUAAUGAUGUUUAUUAACAAGAGAAAUAGUAAUAAUUAAGCACUGAGAUUGAAUAGCUUAAGGAAACUAGACAGAAGGAUCAAUAGGAAAAUGAAAAUCUAAAAAGAAAUUUAGACCAUAAAUCAAAUCUAAUUGACUAGCUCCAUAGGUAACUUAAUGAGUUAAAAAAUCAAAAGAUUAAUCUAUCUGACAGUGAUGCAGAAUUCAAAGAGCAGUAGAUUAAAUUGCUAAACAAAGAAAUAAAAGAUUAUGAAGAAUUCAUUUAAUUAGUAUACCAAAACACAUUCAAAGGUGACCAAUACAUCCAAGAAGAGUUGCAGCUAAUUCUCAAUAUUCUUAGAGAUAGAUACAAUGAGGAAAAUCUAAAACUCAAGUAUGAAGUUGAAAUCUUAAACUAUGAGAAUGAACUUUAAUCACUUUUGCAAUCUAAUAGCAAAGUAGACCAAGUGUCCCAUGCAUAGAGAAUCAAAAAUGAAUUAGUAGAGAUAGAAAGAAGAAUUGAAUUGCAAGAUAGAAAAGUUAUUGAACUAGCUCAACGUGAAAACCAAUUGAAAAAUUAACUUUUAUUUGACUUGGAAUCCUCAAUUAAAAAUAAAAGUAUGUCUCAAGACAAUGAUCAAACUGUAGUCUCACUUUUUAAAGAAACUUAGAGCCUGUAAAAUGAACUUUAAAAUAAGAAUAAGAUGAUAAUCGAAUUGCAAAAUCAGAUAAUUCUUUCUAGAUCAGCAAACAGUCCAUUCUAAGGAGAUUAUUUAUCAUCAAAUCAUAGUUAAAGCUAGAUAGAGGAUAACCUUAAAUCAGCUUCAAGCAGAUCUCCAUUUAGCGUGAAGUAAAAUUCAUUUAACUACUAAAUGGCAGAAGCUAAAGCUUUAAUUGAAAAAGCUGGUCUGAGUAUGACUGAAAAUGAAAAACCCAAAAAGAGAUUAAACAUCUUAAACCUAAGACAUGUUGAAAAUUAUAACAAAGACACUAAGAAAUAUGAAAACAAUGAGAACUUUAACUAAUCAUAGUCAAACCCUUAACUAUAGAGUAUUGCGAAUCUGAAGAAAAAAUCGCAACUUGAAAAUUUCAACCUUAAUUUGUCUAACAACUAGUAAAAUAAGUCAUAAACAUAGUGUAAAAUUAAUAUGAGAGAAUUGAUAUCCCCAGAAGGAUCGUCGGCUAAUCUUUUGCAAUACUUAAAGAAAAACAAUCCAUACAGUAAAGAUAGCAAGGAAAACAUUGAUAGACUACAAACUCAAAGUGAUGCUAGCUUGAAAACUGAAGCCAAUAGAUAUUCAAGACAUCUUUGA